AGGCAUCUCCACGGGCAGGCUGCAUCCACCUCGGCCGCGGUGUCGUCAUUGGCUGCCUAUUAGAAAACCCUACAGGACAAUGCAUACCACCGGCUGCCGACUGUAAACACAGGGGAUGUGUGUUCCCGGCGCGCGGACUUCGGGGCGGGGCCGGGGAAGGGCGGUCUGCAGUUUUAUUGAAUAGAGCAGUGUGUGCCGCGCUGCCGGCCUGCCUGCCCUCUCGCUGUGCUCCCGCGGAAAGAAGUCGGUCCUUCCUCUGCCGCUCGGUCCCCGGGAAGAAGCUGCAGCCUAGGAGGUAUCAUUAAAACAUUCCAAGUUCACCCAAUCCAAUUCCACAGGGAUUGGUAAUCAACAAGAAGGCUCAGACGUGGAUAUCUGAUUGCUUAACCAUCCAGACAUCAUCUGGUCUCCCUAAACCUGAAACCACACCAUGGAUGAUUUUGAACGUCGCAGGGAACUGAGGAGGCAAAAGCGGGAAGAGAUGCGCCUGGAAGCAGAAAGAAUCGCCUACCAGAGGAAUGAUGAUGAUGAGGAAGAGGCUGCCCGGGAACGGCGCCGGCGAGCCCGACAGGAAAGGCUGCGGCAGAAGCAAGAGGAAGAAUCCUUGGGGCAGGUGACCGACCAGGUGGAGGUUCACGCCCAGAACAGUGUGCCGGACGAGGUCAAGGCCGCCACCACCGCCAACACGCAGGUGGAGGGCGAUGACGAGGCCGCGUUACUGGAGCGCCUGGCUCGGCGGGAGGAGAGGCGCCAGAAACGCCUGCAGGAGGCGCUGGAGCGGCAGAAGGAGCUGGACCCCACGAUCACCGACGCCAGCUUGUCUCUGUCCGGCGGAAGAAUGCGGAACGACACGACAGAAGAUGACUCGGCCGAGAAGGAAGAAAAAAGCGAAAGUCGCCGAGAAAGAUACGAGAUGGAGGAAACAGACAUAGUCACCAAGUCCUACCAGAAGAACGACUGGAGGGAGGCAGACGAGAAAAAGAAAGAAGACCAAGAAAAGGAGGAAGAGGAGAGGCCAAAGCGAGGGAGCAUCAAAGAAAAUCAGGUAGAGGUGACGGUGGAAGAGAGAACCGUAGAAACUCGAGAAGAAGCAGUGGGGAUGCCUUUGAAAAAUGGGCAGCUCGGUGCAGAUGAGCCUAAAAUAGAGGCUGAGAGGGAACAAGGCUCGGAUGAGAUUGCCCUUCAGGAAAAGAUGGAGGAGGAGGAACGGGAAAGGGCCCAGGCAGAGAGGGUCAGGUUGGAAGCAGAAGAAAGAGAAAGAAUGAAAACUGAGCAAGCGCAAAAGAUAGCGGAGGAGAAAGCAAGAAGGGAAGCGGAAGAACGGGCCGCUGCACAAGAGAGAGAGAGGAGGGAGGCAGAGGAGAGGGAGCGGGCUGAGGAGGAGGAGAGAAGGGCAGCGGCCGAGAGGCAGAGAGCGGAGGCAGAGGAAGCCGAGAAGGCUAAGGUAGAAGAGCCAAACCGUGCAGAUCAGCCGGGAGAGAAAAAGAUCAAAGGGGAAAAGGUAGAAGAGAAAAUAGACGGGAAAUGGGUCAAUGAAAAGAAAGGACGAGAAGAUAAACAUCAGACAGCUGUCCAGAAGAAACAGGAAGAAGACAAGGGGGCUAAAGUGCAGCUUAAAAGAGAAAAGCCCCAAGAAGACAAGCCUGCCUUCAAAAAGGAAGAGCUCAUUUGUGUUCUUCACCCCAGAAGAAACCUGUCCAAGCAACCUGGGCAUUUUCCCAUCAAAGCCACCCCAAUCAUCGUUCUUUCACUGGGAACUGCAAACCACUCAUGUCGAUGGAGUUCCAAGAAUAUCAAAGAUGAGAAGAUCAAAAAGGACAAAGAGCCCAGAGAAGAAGUGAAGAGCUUCCUGGAUGGAAAGAAGGGGUUUACAGAAGUGAAGUCGCAGAAUGGAGAAUUCAUGACCCACAAGCUUAAACACACCGAGAAUACCUUCAGCCGCUCUGGAGGGAGGGCCAGCGAGGCCAAGGAGGUGGAAGGGGCUCCCCAAGUGGAAGCUGGCAAGCGCCUGGAGGAGCUGCGCCGCCGUCGUGGGGAAACUGAGAGCGAAGAGUUUGAGAAGCUCAAACAGAAGCAGCAAGAGGCAGCCCUGGAGCUGGAGGAGCUGAAGAAAAAGAGGGAGGAGCGAAGGAAGGUCCUGGAGGAGGAAGAGCAGAGGAGGAAGCAGGAGGAAGCAGAGCGGAAAGUCAGAGAGGAGGAAGAGAAGAGGAGGCUAAAGGAGGAGAUUGAAAGGCGAAGGGCAGAAGCUGCUGAGAAACGGCAGAAGAUGCCCGAAGAUGGCUUAGCAGAGGACAAGAAACCUUUCAAAUGUUUCACUCCCAAAGGUUCAUCUCUCAAGAUAGAAGAGCGAGCAGAAUUUUUGAAUAAGUCUGUGCAGAAAAGUGGUGUCAAAUCAACUCAUCAAGCGGCUGUUGUUUCCAAGAUUGACAGCAGGCUGGAGCAAUACACCAGUGCCAUUGAGGGGACGAAAGCUGCGAAACCCACGAAGCCAGCAGCCUCAGAUCUUCCUGUGCCUGCUGAGGGUGUCCGCAGUAUCAAGAGCAUGUGGGAGAAAGGGAAUGUGUUUUCAUCCCCCACCGCGGCGGGCGCGCCCAACAAGGAAACUGCUGGCUUGAAGGUGGGGGUUUCCAGCCGCAUCAAUGAAUGGCUAACUAAAACCCCAGACGGGAACAGAUCACCUGCUCCCAAACCUUCGGAUUUGAGGCCAGGAGACGUAUCUGGCAAGCGGAACCUCUGGGAAAAGCAAUCCGUGGAUAAGGUCACAACCCCUGCCAAGGUGUGAGACAGUUCAAGAAAGAAGCCAGAGUAGCCACUCAAGAUGCUGGACCAGCUCAGCCGAAGAGGGCUAUGUGCUCUGUUCUAUAUUUAUGUUGAUUUACUAAAUUGGGUUAAUUUCCUUUUGUUUUAUUUUUCAUUAUCCCAGUAAACCCAUGUAUAUUAUCACUAUAUUUAAUAAUCACAGUCUAGAGAAGUUCAUGGUAAAAGUACUGCCUUUGCACAGGAGCCUGUUUCUAAAGAAACCCAUGCUGUGAAAUAGAGACUUUCUACUGAUCAUCCUGACUCUGAACGGUGACACCAACCACGUCGGAAGUCGAGCAGGAGGAGGUUCAAGCUGAAAAUUUGCCUGAGGAAUGUGUGCAGUGUCCAGAAAAACAAACCAUAGUGGGGUUUGGGGUUUUUUUUGUUUUUUGUUUUACAUACAGAAGUCAUGUUGUUUCUGCACUUUAGAAUAAAGCAUGGAAGAAAUGAUCUCAGUAGGCAAUUGUAACACUUUCUGAAAGUAACGCAUUUCAGAUUUGAGAUUCUGCAAUGAUGAUUGUCUUUUUUAAAAAACGUACUGUUAAGGUAUUACUUUUUUCAUGCUGAUGAUUAUCUAAAUUGGAUGAUGAUGUUAGAAGACAGUGGUACUGAUUUCUUUAGGUUGGUUGCUUUGUGGAUUUCUUUGGUAGUGAUAGUGAACCACAUUUUAGAUGACCUGAUCAUGUAUGUAUGUGCAUACACGUAUACAAACACACUAAUGGUAGAAAGCUUCUUUUAUGUGCUAGACUAUUAUAUUUAGCAGUAUGUCCUUGUAACUAGCCAAUAUCACAGCUUUUCAAAAAUUAAAAAUCACAUUAUAUUAAUAUUCAUAUUUGCCAAUAGAGACAUGGCAGAAUAGGUAUCAAUAUAUCUUCAAUGCCCAAUAGAUAAACUGUAAGAAAAAAAAGAGAGAUUCGAAAUGUCAAAAUGAAUUGACAUUUUCUAUAAAGCAUAGUAUUUAGCUUAUACUGAAAAGCAAUCUUGAAGUCCAAUGUGAAUUUUACUACCAUCUGGAUCAAACUCAAAGCUUGCUGAGAACUUUAUUUUGUUAGCAAUCAACUUCACAAUCGGUUGGCUUCGAGGAUAUCUGAGGUCUCUUCUUUGUCUAAAAUUUAAAGACGAGGAUUUUAGUGACAAGAUUGUCCAGAUUAAAAUUCCACGUGUGGGUAUGCAAAGAUCAGCUUUGGCUAAUGUCUGGAAGCAGAGAAGAGAAGUAAGCAAAUUCCAAUAUUUAAGAGUCAUGAUAGUCCUUCAUCUUUAUUAUACGAAACCAUUUUUUAAAUUAAAAGUUUCUACUUUUAUUAGUCAUUGGUACUUGUCAUAAGUUGAUAAUGUAUUGAACUUUCAGAAAAUAUAUGUAACUUUUAGUAGUUUUACUAUUUUCCCCAAGAGUCUUUAUCAAAUCAUCCUUUCUAUACACGUAAUCUAGACAUCAGAUCUUACUUUAGCUUAUAAGUGUUCAUCUAUUCUUCACAAUAGAUGAUAAAAGAGUACUCCUCUGUCUUGGCAAUAUGUUUUAGCAUAGAGAUAUAUAGGAUAGUUCUAUAAACUUAUACCUCAUUUGACUUAACCAAAAGUGUCCUACUCUCAAUUUCUACCACAAUGAGGGAGCCUCCCAAAUGACUAUUUUCUAACCUACAGUAUUUCCCUGGAGGAGCCAGCCAGGGCAGGGCUGACAUGAGCAGUGACGACUGCCUUGCAGAGUCUGUUUUUCUCAAAAAUCAGUAAAGAGUAGCUGAAUUCUCUAGCUUUUAGCACACCUGGGCCAAAGGAAGGAAAACCACCAAGAUCACACACGUCAUCCACCCGUGACAGAAUAGAUAUGAGUCUAUGAUAAGAUAACCUAGAACCCACAUGUAGUGCCUCAUUUAGCAUUGACUCCCAUCACUGGAGUGAAAUGGAUCGAAGUUUGAAUUAAGGCCCAUGGCGAUAUAACAUUGCUUUGUUGUACUUUUGAACAAGAGCUUCUCCUGAUCACUAGUAUAUAUAUUUGUUUCUAGAAAGUCUAAAGUUGAGAAGAGAAUAUAUCGAUCCUGACUUUUAUUCCGAUAUUUGGAUGGAAUAAGUUUUAGGGUAGAAUUUUGUUCAGUUUGGAUUUAAUCUUUUGAAAAAACUAAAUUCCAUUGUUUACUUGUCUGAUUACGAUUCUCUGUGUUAUCUUUAAGAGGUAAAACUGCAAGGUGACUAGCAUGUUCUGUGAAUCUGCCAUUCCUAAAAAUUUUAUAAACACUUGAUGUUUUUCACUGAUAACUGAUCGCUGCAAUAAGUAUAUAUUGUGAAAAUGCAUCCACAAUAAAUGGAAUUCCUCCAAA